GAUUUAAGCGCGUUGAGGUGUUAUUUAUAGCUAGUUGUGAAGUGGUAAAUAUGAAAAUUGGUUGUUUUUUGGUGCUGGUGUUUAUAAUUUCUAUAAACGCUCAGUUGGUUACCAUUCCAAAUGGCACCAUCCAAGGCAGGAUCGAGUACUCCAAGCGAGGGAUAUCCUUCUACUCCUUCCAGCAAAUACCCUACGGAAAAGCCGCCAGAUUCCAACCCCCAGGACCAGCAGAGCCUUGGGAAGGAAUCCUAAACGCCACCAGCAACACCAUCGUGUGCUACAGCCAAGGUCUAGCCGAGAAGCCUCUGAUAGAAAGCGAAGAUUGCCUCGUACUCAACAUAUACACCCCCAAGCCGCCAUCAAUCAACAAUUCCCUGCCGGUGGUGUACGCCAUGCACGGCGGCGGCUUCGUGGUGGGCUCGGGCGUCUUCGACGUCAUGGGGCCCCAUUAUUGGAUGGAGCACGACGUCAUAGUGGUGACUAUUAACUACCGCUUGGGAGUGUUGGGUUUCCUUUCGACAGAAGACACAGUCAUACCGGGCAACUACGGGCUCAAGGACCAGCAGCUGGGCCUGCGUUGGGUGCAGGAGAACAUCCGGUACUUCGGCGGGGAUCCCCGCCGGGUGACGAUCUUCGGCGAGAGCGCCGGAUCGGCCUCGGUGGCGUACCAACUGUUAGGAAAGAAUUCCGAAGGUUUGUUCAGGGGCGGUAUAGCUUUGAGCGGAUCGGCUCUGUCGCCUUGGAGCUACCAGAGGAACGCCAGGAAGUACGCCUAUCAGGUGGCCUCGUUCCUGAAUUCGAGCUUCGACGACAGCUCCACCAGCGAGGAGAUACGCGAGCUGUUGCUCCGCAGCACUCCGGAGCAGAUCAGGGCCGCCAGUUGGAAAUUACCAAAGAUCGCCGACGAAAUGAUGGAGGGGUACAUAUUCUCGGUGGUAAUCGAGCCCGAGCACGAUGGGGCCUUCCUCGACGAGCCCAUGUACGUGAAAAUAGAGCGAGGGGGCGCUUCGAGGGUGCCUCUGAUCAUCGGUAUGUGCUCGGAGGAGAGCAUUUGGGGCGCGCACGAUUUGGUGGCUUUUAAGGCCCAGCUCAAAACCUACGACGACAACGUGACAUUGUUCGUUAAUGACAAUAUGCAUUUAACGGAAGAAUCUACCAGAAUCGAAGCGGGGAAAGCCAUACGCUCUGUAUAUACCGCUGGUUUGAUACAAGAUGAUAUCGCGCACGGAGUGAAAUUUUUCAGCGAUAACAAUUUCGCAAGGGGGAUCAUCCAGCACGCUAAAUUGCAAUCCAGAUUCAGCGAGGUGUAUUUCUACCAGUUUUCUUACUACGGUAAAUUGCCUGGAUGGAGACCGAAUGUACCGGGUGAGUUCGGAACGGGUCGUGUGAAUCACAUAGACGAUUCGUAUUACGUGUGGGUGAAGAAUAACGAAUCCAAUUUGAACGAUUAUCCGGAAAGCGAUGUGAUUACUAGCAGGAGAUAUUUGACUUUGUUUGCCAAUUUCGCUAAAACUAUGAAUCCCACUUCUGAUUUCACCGAUUUAUUGGGAAUUGAUGAUUGGCCGAUAGUGACACCGGACGAUUUUAAUUAUUUGAACAUAAACGAGACUUUGGAGAUGGACAAGGACCUCAAAAAUGACACCCAUCCAGGAUUAGUGGCAGUGUAUGAGAAGUAUGCUCUAGUGCCUUACGAUACGUUUUAGUGAAUAAAAAUUGUUAAAAUUUAAUAAUAAAUAAAUCGAUUGUAGAUAUCUA